AUGACCAUCUCCGGGAACCAUGUGGAGAUGAUCGACUUCUAUGUCCUUAAUUCUCCCCAAGCCCCCCUCAUUCUGGGCCGACCAUGGCUGGAGCUCCACAUUCCCCAUGUCAGCUAUGGUGAGGGGCGCAUCCUCAGCUGGAGUACGGCCUGCUAUGCGCGGUGUCUCCGUGCUGCUCAUACCCCGUCGUCACCACCCCAGCCCCCUCCAGCUCCCCCAGACCUCUCCUCCGUGCCAGAGGUCUACCACGACUUGGGAGAGGCCUUCAGUAAAGAGCGUGCACGCACCCUGCCCCCGCACCGGCCCUAUGACUGUGCCAUUGAGCUCCGCCCUGGCAGCAAACACCCGGUCAGCCGCCUGUACAACCUUGCCCCUCCAGAGAAGGCCGCCAUGGAUGAGUACAUCUCCGAGAGCCUGGCCGAGGGGCUUAUCCGACCUUCUCACUCCCCGGUGGCAGCGGGAUUUUUCUUUGUGAAGAAGAAGGAUGGGUCCCUCAGGCCAUGCAUUGACUACCGUGAGCUCAACGCCAUCACCAUCCGGAACACCUACCCUCUCCCCCUCAUGAGCUCCAACUUCGAGCCCCUCCUCGGGGCCACGGUGUUCACUAAGUUGGACCUACGGAACGCAUACCAUCUGGUCCGGAUCCGUGAGGGGGACGAAUGGAAGACGGCUUUCAAGACCCCCCGUGGCCACUAUGAAUACCGAGUGAUGCCCUUCGGCCUAACCAACGCCCCCUCGGUUUUCCAGGCCCUGAUGAAUGACGUGCUGAGGGAUAUGUUGGACAUCUUUGUGGUCCUGUACCUGGAUGACAUCCUGGUGUUCUCCAGAGACUCUGAGGAACACGUCCAGCAUGUCCGCCUCGUCAUCCAGCGUCUCUUGGAGAACCGACUGUUUAUUAAGGCUGAGAAAUGCAUCUUCCAGCGACUCCACCGGCCGGAGGCUGAUGCUUCGGUCCCGUCUGUCCAGGCUCACAUCCGUCGGUGUCGGCGGGUUUGGGCCUCGGUGCGCUCGGCUCUGCUCCGUGCUACAUCGCGGGCCGCUCGGGGUGCCAACCGGUGCCGCUCCCCUGCACCUGAGUACCAGGCCGGCCAGCAGGUUUGGUUGUCCACUGCUGACCUCCCCCUCCACGUCCCCUCCCGGAAGCUGGCGCCCAGGUUCAUCGGUCCCUAUGUCAUCGACCGGGUGAUCAACCCUGCGGCUGUCCGGCUGGUCCUCCCCCACUCCCUUCGGCGUGUCCACCCGGUGUUCCACGUCUCCCGGGUCAAGCCCGUCGUCACAAAUGCUCUUGUGCCGCCGGCUCCUGCUCCGCCCCCUCCUCAGCUGGUGGAUGGUCACCCUCAGUGGGCGGUUCGGCGGCUCCUUCGGGCCCGGCGCCAGGGCCGGGGGUUCCAGUACCUGGUUGACUGGGAGGGGUAUGGGCCUGAGGAACGGAGCUGGGUUCCCAGGUCGCAGAUCAUGUCCCCUGCCCUCCUCCGGGACUUCUACAGGGCCCACCCUGAUGCCCCGGGUGGGCCCCGGAUGGCCGCACCUGGAGCCACUCCCAGCACCUCAGCUCGCUCCCAGCGGGCACUCCUCAGACACAGCUGCAACAGAUCUCCCCUCUCCAGCAGUGAUCCGGCUUGCCUGCCCGUCAACCAGCCCAGUCACCUCACCUGCUCUUCACCUCCAGCUCACCCAGCCUUUUCCCCCCACAUCACCCUACUAAUAAAACCCUGA